AUUUUGUCGGAAGCAGCAGCAUGAUCGUGCCGGUCCGGUGCUUCACGUGCGGGAAGGUCCUGGCGAACAAGUGGGAGACGUACUUGAGUCUGCUCCGCGCAGAUUACACAGAAGGUGACGCGCUGGAUGAGCUGUCCCUGAAGCGAUACUGCUGCCGACGCAUGCUUUUGACCCACGUCGACUUGAUCGAGAAGCUCUUGCACUACAACACGGGAGCGAUCGAACGUGGCGGUGACGAUUAAACCGUCCGUUGCAUACAACACUUCCACGCUGCUGCUUUGUUCCACCAGCUUCUGUGCGCGUGGUGUGACGCUUCGAUCCAUGCGUGGUCCACCAUUAACGUUAAUGUAUAUCCAGCAACAACAACGAUAUUCCACUCUGCCGG